AUGCUACUACCGUCUCUAUUCAAACAAAGAUUUUCAUCAUUACUACGAUGCUCCUAUCCACUAAGACAAUAUGCCUCAGUAUCAUUCCCAUCAAAACCAAUAACAAUUGAAGAAAAAAAACACAACUUGAAUCAAGAACAAUCUCGAAAAACUUUAGAAGAAAGAAUAUCCAAAAUACCCAUAGAGAAUUAUAGAAAUUUCAGCAUAGUUGCUCAUGUUGAUCACGGAAAAUCUACACUAUCUGAUAGAUUAUUAGAAUUAACUGGAGUCAUACAACCAGGUCUGAAUGCCCAAGUGCUAGAUCGGCUUGAAGUUGAAAGACUAAGAGGAAUUACAGUAAAAGCAAAUACUUGCUCGUUAAUAUACAAACACAACGAUAAUCAAGACUACCUACUACAUCUUGUUGACACCCCUGGGCAUGUUGAUUUCAGAGCAGAAGUUAGUAGAAGUUAUGCAUCUUGUGGUGGAGCAUUAUUAUUAGUUGAUGCAUCUCAAGGUGUUCAAGCUCAAACAGUUGCAAAUUUUUAUUUGGCUUAUAGUAUGGGAUUAAAGUUAUUACCAAUUAUUAAUAAAAUUGAUCUUGAUCUGGCUGAUAUUCCAAGAUCAAUUGAACAAGUUGAAUCUACUUUUGAACUAGAUCCAAAAGAUUGUAUACCAGUGAGUGCUAAAACUGGAUUGAAUGUAAAAGAUAUUAUACCUGCAAUUAUUGAAAAAAUACCAGCUCCAAUAGGAGACGCUGACAAACCAUUAAAAGCACUACUUGUUGAUUCUUGGCAUGACCCUUACGUUGGAGUUGUGAUGUUAGUCCAUAUAGUUGAUGGUAAGAUGAAAAAGGGAAUGAAAAUACUAUCGGCUCAUAGUAAUAAAACCUACGAUGUAAAAGAAGUUGGUAUAAUGUAUCCUGAUAGAACGCCAAUGGAAAGUAUAAAAGCAGGUCAAGUUGCAUAUAUUAUUCCAGGAAUGAAAAAUCCGAGAGAAGCAUUAGUCGGUGAUACUUUUUUCCAAUUAGGCAAAAGUGAAGGGUUACAACCAUUACCUGGAUUUGAAGAACCUAAGCCCAUGGUUUUUGUUGGUGCAUUUCCUGCCGAUGGUAAAGAUUUUAAUGCUAUGGAUGAUCAAAUGCAAAAUUUAGUCUUGAAUGAUAGAUCCGUUUCAUUGGAAAAGGAAACUUCUAAUGCCUUAGGACUUGGUUGGAGAUUAGGAUUUUUAGGUUCAUUACAUGCUUCGGUUUUUAAAGAAAGAUUAGAGAAUGAAUAUGGUGCGAAGAUCAUCUUGACAGCUCCUACAGUACCUUAUAAGAUAAUUUAUCGUAAUGGUAAGGAAAAGAUUGUCACUAAUCCAGAUGAAUUUCCAAUGAAUAAAGUAGUUAAUGAAGUUGAUUGCUAUAUGGAACCUUACGUUGAAGCUAUCAUGACAUUACCAAAUGAAUAUGUUGGAGCCGUAAUGACCUUAUGUUUGAAUAAUCGGGGUGAACAAAAGGAUGUUGAAUAUUUGAAUACCGGUCAAGUACUUUUAAAAUAUGAGAUCCCAAUGUCACAAUUAGUCGAAGACUUUUUUGGAAAAUUAAAAGGCUGUACCAAAGGAUAUGCAUCAUUAGAUUAUGAAGAAGGUGGUUAUAGAAAAUCAGAUAUUGUUAAAAUGGAAUUAUGUGUAAAUGGUGAACCUCAAGAUGCAUUAACAACAAUUACGCAUAAAUCUCAAGCACAAUCAAAAGGUAAGGAAUAUGUAACAAGAUUCAAAAAAUACCUUAGGUAUCAAUUAUUCGAAGUCGCAAUUCAAGCAAGAGUCAACAACAAAGUUAUUGCAAGAGAAACCAUAAAAGCUAAACGAAAAGAUGUUACUCAAAAAUUACAUGCUGCUGAUAUAUCAAGAUACAAAAAGUUAUUAGAAAGACAAAAAGAAGGUAAAAAACAAAUGAAAGCUACUGGAAGAGUGACCAUUGGAAAUGAUGCCUAUCAAGCAUUUUUACGACGUGAUGAUUAA